GCAAAGGCACGUGUGGCAAUUAAUUAAAUAAUCUCGAUUUUACAAUUGCAUUGUCAUUGUCAUUCCUGUACAUACACACAUCUGAUGAAUUUAUAGUAAAAAUAUAUAAUAUUGAAGACGAUCCUGAUUUAUCAUAAAAAUGCUCUGAAGAAAAAUUGGAUGCUUUUGUCGUAUUUGAUGCAUCGGAUCUCCCGCGAAUUAAAUCCGAGUGUCCCUUGUGUCGAGGGGGUUAGAAUGCUUCUCGUUAAGAACGCCGCGAAAUGCCUCUGUUAUCAUUAUUAGCGAGUCUAAUCAGAAUUAAAUUAAAUUAAAAAUGUAUAAUAUGAUUAACGCGAUACGCGAAAAUAAACCGACUAUAAUUAGAUAAUAAUGAGAUGGAGAGAGAGCUGUCAAACGGGAGUUUGCAUCAUCGCGAACUUCCAAUCGCCAGAUUAAGUCAGUAUGAAUCAUGUGUGGGCAUGAAUAUGAGUGGUGUAAGACAUAAAAUAUGUAUGGUCUCGGAUUUCUUUUAUCCGAAUAUGGGCGGCGUCGAGGAGCACAUCUUCAAUUUGUCCCAAUGUCUGUUGGAACACGGACACAAAGUAGUAAUACUCACGCACUCUUACGGAAAAAGAGUAGGCGUGCGAUACAUGACAAAUGGAUUGAAAGUAUAUUACAUUCCAGUCAAGGUUUUCUACAAUCAGUGCGUUCUUCCAACGAUGAUAUGCUCUCUCCCACUUAUUAGGUACAUUUUUCUAAGAGAAGAGAUACAGAUUAUACAUGGACAUUCUGCAUUCUCUGCUUUAGCACACGAGGGAAUGUUGAUCGGUAGAUUAAUGGGAUUAAAAACAGUUUUCACAGAUCAUUCGCUUUUCGGUUUUGCGGACGCGUCAGCUAUUCUGACAAACAAAUUUCUCGAAAUAUCGUUAGUCGAUUGUGAUCAUUGCAUAUGUGUGUCUCAUAUCGGAAAAGAGAAUACAGUAUUACGAGCCAAAGUGAAAAAGGAGAAAGUAUCCGUUAUUCCAAAUGCCGUUGACACCGCGCUGUUUACGCCUGACAUCAGUAAACGGAGCAACGAUUUUAUUACCAUAGUAAUAGUAUCGCGAUUAGUGUAUAGGAAGGGCGUCGACCUUCUAGCCCAUAUAAUACCUGAGAUUUGUUUACGUCACAAAAAUGUACAAUUUCUAAUCGGCGGGGAUGGACCGAAAAGGUGGUUGAUAGAGGAAGUAAGGGAGAGAAAUCUGCUACAGCAUCGAGUCACUUUGCUGGGCAGUCUGGAACAUUCUCAAGUCAAACACGUUUUAAACAAAGGUCACAUCUUUCUUAACACGAGUUUGACAGAGGCUUAUUGCAUGGCUAUUGUAGAAGCAGCUUCUUGCGGUUUGCAAGUAGUAUCGACGAAAGUCGGAGGGAUUCCAGAAGUUUUGCCACCGGAUCUAAUUUAUCUCGUCGAACCCACUGUAUCAGCGUUAAUCGAAGGGUUGGAGAUGGCUAUAGCUGAUUACAAAAGAGGUGAUAUCAAAUGUCCCUUCGAGAUGCACAGGAGAAUAGGCUUAUAUUACAAUUGGUUCAACAUCACGAAACGUACUGAGAUAGUAUAUAAUUUGGUGAAGCGUGAAGCGAAAAGAAAUCUAGGACAACAAUUAGCGAGUCAAUUGCAAAGUGGUGUAUUGGCCUAUUUACUUGUGGUGUCCCUGUGCUAUAUAAUAUUACAAGUCUUGGAAUUUUUCGUUCCUAGAAAGUACAUCGAUAUUGCGCGGGACUACAACGACAUUCACGUUAUGCCAUCCAACGGGAAAGGAAAACCCGAUUAACCGCCAUAGAAGCAUGAAAUGUAAACUUCUCAAUGUGUUCAAGUAUUUUAUAUAGUCUAUAUACUUUGAAAACAUUCCAGAAAAAAUUUCACAUUCUCCGCAAAAGUUAUCGUUAAGAAAAAUAAUUAUUGUCUGUUGCAU